GCACCAGCGGCGCAGAGGCGCACCGACACCGGCCGGCCAGAGGCGAGACGAGCCGCCGCGACACACCUCUGUCGCAGGCCGAGGCCGACACCGACCGGCCAGAGAUCGGAGGAUUGAUUUCUGAGGGCAACCCGACCCGACCUACGACGUCACUGGAGCUCGCCUGAUCGCUCCGGGGAUCCCAUCUGCGACGUCGCGUAAAACUCGUCUGGAAGCCCACGUGCAGCCAGCUGACGCCAUGCAGUUGGAGAUCCAGGUGGCACUCAACUUCGUCAUCUCCUUCAUGUACAACAAGCUGCCGCGGCGACGCGUCAACAUCUUCGCCGAGGAGCUGGAGAGGGCGCUGCGCUUCAAGUUCCAGAGCCACUGGUACCCGGACCGGCCGUUCAAGGGCUCCGCCUACCGCUGCCUGAAGACGGGCGACCCUCUCGAUCCCGUGCUGGACGCGGCGGCGCGCGAGAGCGGCCUGGCUCUGGCCGAGAUCCGCCAGAACCUGCCGGAGGACCUCUGCGUCUGGAUCGACCCGGGCGAGGUCAGCUACCGCGCCGGCGAGAAAGGCGCCGUCAAACUCCUGUACUCGGAGCCGGCCGCCGAGCGCGUCAGCGAGGACCGCUGCGACCACGAGGUCACCUCCACCUUCAACCCGGAGGCGCAAAGCUUCCGGCCCAUCGAGGCGCUGGCGGCGUCGCUGGGCUCGCUGGGCGUCGCCUCGCCGCCGGCCGGCAGCCCGUUCGGGCCGCCGGCGGCGCCGCGAGCGUCAGCCACGCCGCCGUUCCGCACCGCCAGCCCGGCGACCGGGUUCGCAGCGCACCGGCCGCGCGCGCCCGUCACGUUCACCACGGCGGCGUUCGCGCAGACCAAGUUCGGCAGCACCAAGCUGAAGAGCAGCGGCAAGCGCGGCAGCCGGAUGAGCCCCACGGAGUUCAGCAACUACAUCAAGCAGCGCGCGCUGCUGCAGCAGCCGCCGGCACUCUUCGCGCCUUUCGCGCAGCUGCUGCUGGAGAGCCUGACUUACGCCUCCAACCCGCACCUGCGGCACCUGCUGGUGGCUAACUAG